AUGAUUAUUUCAAUCUUUAAAUUAGCUUAUUCAGACAAUUCAACGGUGAAAAUAACAUUUCUUUCAGCCGCCUAUAAGUUAAUUCUCGCAACCUUGAUAAAUGUUUGUACGCAUAUUCGACCCUGGGUCGGGCAGGUUCAACAUUCCUCUGUAGUGUUUAGGGAAGGGCUUAGGAGGAUAUAAAGACCCAAGGCAGACCCAUCUGAGUGACCAGCUUCUAGUCCCAGGUUGAGGUUUGAAAAGUCAUUUGAGCGUCACCAUGAGCACCAGUCCAGAGAGGAUGUCCUCAUACCGGCGGCACUUCGAGGGAACCAUGGCCGUCUCCAGUGACUACCGGGUUCGGGUGUCCAGUCCCUCUCCCACCCGCAGGGACACCCGACACCGGUCUGCCAGCUUCACCAGGAGUGGAGGAUCGAUGGGGCGAAGGGCCAUCUCAAACAAGUCUCGGAUGACCAGCAGUACGAGUAUGGGAACACUUUGCGUGGGUAUGUCCAUGGGAUUUGGGCCUAAAUUGGAUCUGGAUGCAGCUUCAGCAGAGAACCAGGCCUUCAUGGUGACCCGAACCAGUGAAAGACAGGAGAUGGUUGUCCUCAAUGACCGUCUGGCAGCGUAUAUUGAAAAGGUGAGAACCCUGGAGUCAAAAAAUAAGCUGCUGGAGGCUGAGAUUGAUGGCUUGAAGAGCCGCCAUGUGAGACCAUCAGGCCUCAGGCAGCUGUACGAGUCCCAGCUGAAGGAUCUGAAAAGGGUUGCUGAGCAGAUGAGAGUCCAGAAGGAUCUGUCUUUGGCAGCUAAGGAGGCAAUGAUGGGUAAGCUGGACAUGCUAAAGUCCAAACAUGAAGAAGCAGUGGAAGCCAGGAAACAGACGGAGCAGGAUAUUGAGAUUCUACGUCCAGAUGUGGAUAAAGCAACUUCUGCUCGGAUUGCUCUGGAGAAGCAUCAAGAACAACUGGAGAUUGAGCUGGCAUUCUUGCAGAGAGUUCACAAGGAGGAAAUUGAGGAGCUGAUGCAGAGGGUCUAUUCUGCUACCUCCACAGUGGAAGUGAGCUUUGACCUUCCGGACCUUUCCUCCGCUCUCAAAGAGAUUCAGUCUCAGUAUGACAGCAUUGCUGCCAAAAACCUGCAGGAAAUGGAUGCUUGGUACAACUCAAAGUUUCAGGAUCUAAACAACGCCUCCAACAAACACAUCCAAAGUGUCCGAAGUCUGAGGGAGCAAAUCGCAUCUUAUAAGAAGGAUAUCCUUAACAAGCAACGUGAGUUGGAGUUGCUGCAGACGAGGAAUGACUUCUUGGAGAUUCAGAUUCGUGAAUCGAGGGUGAAAAACAAGAAGAGAGAGGAGGAUCUGGAGGAGCAUAUAGCUGCAAUGAAGCUGGAUCUGAAGGUGACCAAAGAGAAGAUCGCUCUGUUGCUGCGAGAAUAUCAGGACCUGCUGCAUAUGAAGAUGGCUAUGGAGGUUGAGAUUACUACCUACAGGAAAUUGAUUGAAGGGGAAGACAGCCGUCUAAGCACCAUGGUGCACAAUCUGUCCCUGAGUGGAGCCCUGCAACUCACUUCUAGUGUUAGCUCACAUGCUACAUCAGCCUCCGCUUCAGUGUGUGAGAGCUCAUCAGGCACUGCUGGGAAUCCAAAGUUUGACGGAGGUCUGGGUGCUGGAGGGGAUUUGUCAGACUCCAACAGUGACUUAAAUGUGCAGGCAACUGAGACAUCCGAGAGGAAGACUCUCCUUGUGAGAACAGUUAAGACAGAUGAGGACACUUACGAGAGCGACACACAGGAGUGCACCAUCACGAUUUCUGGAGCAGCUGCCGACACAGACGAAGACUAGGUCUUUUAUCUUACUCUAGCAUUUCAUGUCAGGCUUAUUUUGCUUUUGAAAUUGUUGAAAACCUUAAAAUUGGAUGUUGAAAUGAAGAAAUGUUGAAUAAGAAUCAUGAUUCAUGCUGCUCUGACUGCUCCUAACACCCUGCCUGCCUCUCACUGCCUUUUGCUCAUUUAAUCCUCCUGUGUCUCUGCAACAUGUUUGAAAGUAACAAAAUAAACCACAAGCAAGCAAGAAA